GAUAUAUAUUCAAUAUAGACCAAAGACAAAGUGCGAUUUAUCUCCCUUUUUAAACUGGUUCUUGUGUCACCAGUUUACUUUCUGUACACAAAGAAAAAAAAUGGCGAUGGACGUUAGCAUAAAAGUAGAUGUUCUUAAAAAAUGCAUGGGAGGUGAGAAUCUGUUUAAGGAUGCCAUUGAGCACACAGCAAACCUGAACAUGAGGAUGGGAAUAGAGAGGAAACUGAGGCUGCCAUUCCUGGACUCCCAGACAGGGGUAGCACAGAGCCACACCAGCCUCUGGCAUCCCUACCGAGACCGGCAACCAGGCUUGACGUAUGGACAGCUUUAUUCUUAUCCAGCCAACAGAUGGAAGAAAAGGAAGCGGCUGGCAUUUAUGAACACCGAGGGUCGUGUCAACAAGUCUAAUGAAAUUGAGACUGGAGAGUCGGAUGUACAUCAGAUAAACACUGUAGAAAAUCCUGCCAUUUGUAAGGAAGAGGAAGGAGAGAAGUAUAGCGAGAGUAGCAAGGAUCGCUGGUUCGAGGAGUACGAUAAUCUGAGUGAGCCCCCGGAUGCAGGAGAAAUGGUCGACGACCAGUCAGACAUCAGUGAUUACGAAGAAACGUACAUUAAAAAAAAGAAGAAGAAGCAGAGUUCAGGGAGAGGCAGGAAAAAGAAUACAGAGAAGGAGGCCCCUCAGGUCACCGAGGAAAAAGACAAGCCGUACUCCUGUGAAGGACGGACAAAGUCGUGGAAAGCUUGUGGGGCUAGAUACAAGACAAGGCCGGGUCUACAGUACCAUUACAAUCAUUUCCAUAACGGCAUGAUCGAAGAUGAAACGGUUCCAUCGCCUCGGCCCCCCGCCCGGGCCUCUAGUCGGACUGCUGUCCUUAAAUCCCUGGUUGCUUCUUCGUCUGGUACAGUGGCAGAAAAGAGUGGGCGCUCAGGAAUGGACAAGCGAGACAUCUCGGCCAACAACUACUGCGACUUCUGUCUGGGCGACUCGGAGGAGAACAAGAAGUCCAAUCAGCCGGAGGAGUUGGUCUCCUGUAGCGAUUGCGGCAGGUCAGGUCACCCCACUUGCCUGCAGUUUACAGCAAAUAUGAUAAUUUCUGUGAAGAAGUAUCCCUGGCAGUGCAUAGAAUGCAAAUCUUGUGGACUGUGUGGGACAUCAGAUAAUGAUGACCAGUUGUUAUUCUGUGACGACUGCGACAGAGGUUAUCAUAUGUACUGUCUGAACCCACCCCUUUCGGAACCCCCAGAGGGGAACUGGAGUUGUCAUUUAUGCAUUGAAGAGUUCCAUGGUGGAAAAAAACCACAAGGAAUGCAGUAAUAGGAAAUCUCAUCCAGAUACUGUCAUCUCAUACGUUGUCAUUGUUCAUUCAGCACUAUAUGUAAUAUAUGUCAUUGAUGUAGAUGUACAUGUAAACCAUACACUCCCCUGUUAUACCCAACUUUGAAAUUUAAGAUACAUUUUACGUGAUCAUGAAAAUAGAGACAUUUCAGGCUAAACAAUUUUGGAUUCAAGAUGUCCUCGACGUCAGAUUCCAAAUGCUGCAUGAUUUCUGACUUUAAAAGCAAUUGCUUCAGAUUUUCUUUCAUACAAGAUGAAAAAGAAAAACAUAAUUGCAAAUAAUGGAUCUCUAGUAUUUUAAAAAAUUUAGUAUGAUAUGGUUACAUUGUUGGUGCUUUAUGUAAAUUUUGUUGUCUGUAUAUGUAUAAUAAAGAUACAGCCUGAU